AUGGAGUCGAACGGUCGUUUGAAUAUUUUUGGCGCGACAAACUGCGGCGGCAGUUCCACAUUACGGAAAGCUCUGUCUGUCGAAGCACCCACACACACGGAUAAAAACCGGCCUGAUUCGUCAUCGUCGUCGUUGUUCGGUGAAAAUGUGUUGGAAAAUUUCACUUUGCAAACAAACUUUCACCGACAGCAACAGCGCAACAAACGGAAGCGCAAAGAAUCGUCUUUUUCUUCCUGUUCGUCAUCCUCGUCGGCGUCGUUGUUGUCCUUGGUGCCGAACUCGGAACGAACACUAGCGGGUGCGGACGUGGUGGUCGCUGCGGAGCGUGGUGCUGUUAGCGUUGGGGAGGAAAAUUCGUUUGUUGGGGGUGGUAGUGCGAAAGAACAAAAUACAUGGCAGACAAGUGAAAAAUUGUUGAAAACAGCUGAUUUGAAUGAAUCUUCCUCGUGUGGGAGCCGGGCACAGGGCACCAACAACAACAGGUCGGCGAGGCAGCAGGACGAGCCGGAUUCGCCACAACGGAAACGACCCAAAUACGACUACACACGUGAUCAGAUGUUUGAAAUUUUUCAACCGUGGGUGAUUCAAACGUACGGAGACCGCGCAAAAACUAAAACCAUUACACUCAAGAAACAGGCGAGGAUUAUCAAGGCUCUUAAGGGGCUUGAAAUGAACAACCCAGACAGUUCUAAGUUUAGAUUCUGGGUCAAGACUAAAGGUUUUACCACUUCAAAGCCAAAAGAUUUUCAAGAUAUUUUCGUGUUUCAAAAACAAGAGGAAAAUGACGGAUGUCUACUGUACGCUCCAAACACGACGGAAACCGACACCCAACCGUUCAAAAAAGUUGCAGUUGUGGAAAACUUUUUCAACAUCAUCUACGGUGUACAUGUAUCUCUGGGAAGUCGAUCGAGUCGUCACGCAGGCCAGAAAAGAACCUAUCGAACAAUAACAGAAACGUACGCAUUCCUACCUCGGGAAGCGGUAACGAAAUUUCUAUCACUGUGUGGGCAGUGUUCGAAAGCGAUGCGUUCGCAAUCUCCUGGCCAACUGGAGCAGACAGUCGACAUACAUCCACAGCCACCUGCAACUCCUAAGACUGACGAAUCAUUCGAAAGAGACGGAAAAUCUCGUGAAUUCUGCAAUCAAAGUUCGACACCUCGACUAGCCUUAACUCAUAGUGUUACCAAUGUUAGUGCAAGUUUUGAUAGUUUAGGUGAUGACCAAAAGUAUGUAAAAUUGAUGAAUUACUGUGAAGUGUCCAACAACGCCAGCGAUGGAAGUAAUUUAACGUAUUAUCAGCUGUUGAAAACGUUUUACGAUAAUGCUAGGAAGAGCACGGAAGGUCGUAAAAAAGUGCCGCCAAAGGAAGUGGUUGAUCUUACCGGAACACCAGAUUCUGAGACGGCAUCGUGCCUUGAUUCAUCGAAUGUGCCCGAUAGUGUUUUUGAUGAAAGUGCUGUAGUGUGUAGCGAGCGGGGUAUCGAAAAAGAAUGUGAUGUGGGCGAUGUACCCGAAGAGGACAUCUCACUAGUCGAGUUCCCCUCCAAGGAGCUAUUUGCAUCCGAGCAUUCUGAAGUGCAGGAAAAAGUAAGACUGAACAACAAUUUAGGUGAUAAACUUGACGCGAGUGACAGUGAUAGUGACAGUGAUAGUGAAGCCGAACAGAGUGAGAGUAAGCCAAUUACAUCCACAUAUUUGGAGCUAACCAGGAGCAUGGGUGUUGCGGAUGUUGACGCGUUGAAUAUGAUAGGAGUCAACGAUGGAAAGGGCAGUUUGAUGGUAUCCUGCCUAUAUACACAGAAACUAAACCCCCUAACGAGCAACUACGUAUCUUUGUUCCGGGUGCAGCAGCAAUUCAAUUCGCUCAAACCGCUGAGUUUCUCCUCCCGUUCUUAUGGGGUUGCCAAGUGGGUGGUGGUUUCUUCCUCGUAG